GUGACGUUCAUUGAUGAUCAGCAUCCUUUCAGCAUCCUUAUCCGCCCUUCCCCGCGGGUCAGCUUUGGAGAACACUCCGUGUUGCCUUCUUUAAUCCAUUCGAGCGCAUCGCUUCUGCCAACAUGGCGUCUGCGGUAGAACCCAAGCCCGACAUUCACGAUGCGAACACCGUUCGCAACAACGAGGCUGUCAACGCGGAAAAGAAAGACGCCUCUACCUCCGACAACGAUACACACCACGCUGAGGACCCCUCGGGCCUUGCAACGAGCGAGGACGAUAGAAAACACUAUGAGAAGUACGGCACCUACGACCGCUACGAAAUCACCGAAGAAGACUGCUACGACGAGCUCGGCUUUUCUUUCCCGACAUGGAAGAAGUGGUCGAUUCUCGGUGUCAUCUUCCUAGUGCAAGUCAGCAUGAACUUCAACACCUCGCUAUACAGCAAUGCCGUUACCGGGAUAUCGCACGAGUUCGGUGUCAGCGCACAGGCUGCGCGUGUCGGUGCAGCCAUCUUUUUGAUCACGUACGCGUUUGGAUGCGAGCUGUGGGCGCCCUGGAGCGAAGAGCUCGGCAGGUGGCCCAUCCUCCAGCUCAGUAUGUUCUUUGUGAAUAUUUGGCAGAUCCCUGUGGGCAUUGCGCCCAACUUUGCGACAAUCAUCGUGUGUCGCGCUCUUGGUGGUAUUUCCACAGCCGGUGGUUCAGUCACUCUUGCGAUUGUGGCUGACCUUUUCGAGCCGGAUAAUCAGCAAUACGCCGUGGCAUUUAUCGUGUUCUCAUCAGUUGGUGGUUCCAUAUUCGGUCCCAUCGUCGGUGGCUUUGUUGAACAAUUCCUAGCCUGGCGAUGGAACAUCUGGAUCCAGCUCAUCUUCGGCUGCGCCGUCCAGCUCGCCCACAUCAUCCUCGUUCCCGAAACCCGCACAACUGUCAUGAUGGACCGCAUUGCCAAGAAGCGACGCACCGCAGGGGACAAGGACGGCAAACCUGUCAACAUCUGGGGCCCGAACGAACUCAAGACCUUCAAAGAGCGAUUCAGUGCGCGUGAGAUCAUGAUCACCUGGACCCGACCCUUCCGCAUGUUCCUCACUGAGCCCAUCGUGCUUGUCUUGUCUCUACUCUCUGGAUUCUCAGAUGCUAUCAUCUUCAUGUUCCUUCAGUCGUAUGCGCUUGUAUACAAACAGUGGGAUUUCGCAGCAUUUUCGAUUGGUCUAGCGUUCAUCCCCAUCGGCAUCGGAUACCUCCUGGCUUGGUUCUCGUUCUUUCCAGCAAUCAAGCGCAACUAUCGGCUUCGACGUGAACGCCCUGGCGACGAGCAGGCGAACUAUGAGGCGCGACUUUGGUGGCUGCUGUUCACUGCGCCGUGCCUGCCUAUUGGGCUGAUUAUUUUCGCAUGGACCUCGACUGGCCCACCAAUUCACUGGAUGGGCUCGCUAGUUGGAUCUGCGAUUAUUGGUAUUGCCAACUACGCUAUUUAUAUGGCUACCAUCGACUACAUGAUCUGCGCGUACGGUCCAUACUCCGCAUCAGCAACUGGUGGCAAUGGAUGGGCCCGAGAUUUCCUUGCCGGUGUGCUAACCCUGCCGGCUACGCCCUUCUACCAAAAUAUCGGCGGCAGUGGCGGCAAGUUUCAUCUCGCAUAUGCUUCGACGAUUCUAUUCGCUAUCUCACUACUGCUAGUCGUUUCCGUAUACGUCAUCUACUGGAAGGGUCCUGAGUUGAGGAAGAGGAGUCCAUUUGCGCAGCAGCUAAAUACUGCCCGUGAAGAGACUGGUGGUCGAAGAGUCAGCAGCCUACCCGGCCUGUACGGUUCCAGGGCAAACUCGCUUGUGGGUGACGGUUCCGUGCCUGGUACGAGAAGGGGAAGUGUAAUUCGUGGUCAGUCUUACCAAGGCUCACAAGGCGCACCACCGGCAGUCAGGGAAAGGUUGCCGCGAGGAAACAGCGCAGCAAGGGUCUAAUGUGCACUAAAGUGAGAAAGACUGCGGUUGGAUUUGGGUAGCAUUUAGCUCUAAGAGAGCAACGUAGCAUCGAACUAAACAUUCGCUACAAUCUAACUUUGCAUUUCUCCUUGUGACUGUAAAGCCAUGUGCGUAAUUCACUUUUCAUAUUGAUAGAUGAUUUUCUUUAUCCCAGUGCGAAAAUGUCUUUACCUAAGAAUACAGCUAGAGGAACAUAGUAUCAAUUCACGC